CUCGUACCGUCAAUCCGUUCUCGACCGUCGCAGAAUUCAACAACUGUUCUCGUGACAAAUCCAGCCAAAAAAUUGUACUCCGAAUUUUUUUCGUCGAAACUCGUUAAUUUUCAAAUUUUUUAUCGACAUUUUUUCACCUCUGUGGUUCGGAUCCGGUCUCCCGCAAUCAACGCGUGAAAUUUUCGCCAGUGCUCGUAGUUCUGAGCAGUGUAAAUUGUACAUACCUAAGUACCUCCUACACAUCGAUAGCCAAUAUGAGAUUCGCGAUAAUCGGAUUCUUAGUGCUGGUGAUGGGCGCCGCCGUCAAGGCGCACAUACACUUCAUCAGACUGGCUCUGCUGGCGGCCAUGGGAUUGGCCGGCAUGUGGAUGAUGCACAAGCUCGCGCAAGAUUGGCACAAGAUUUCGUCUAGCAGACCCGCCAAGCCAGCCGCCAUGGCCGGAAGGCUUUUGGGACUCUGGAAGAGAUCUAUACCAGACGAGCACGUUAAUGCGUACGUCGAAGAAUCCCUGUCCGAUUUCUACAAAUUCGACGAAAUCCUUAGACAAGACAGGUCGACGUGUGCGAGGAAAAUGAUUUGUCAAAUCGCGGCCACGCCUGAAAAGCAGCUCAAUCAAGUGGAGAUCAAUCUACUCAAAUUGCUGAGUCCCACUGAACACUUUGGCGAAAAUGUGGCAAAGAACAUAUUCCGAAAGGCCAUGGAUUUGGGACGGAGUAAAAAGAACGUGGAGGCGUGUCAUUCAGAGUAUAAAAAAUGCAGAUUCAACACAAGACAAAUGUUUAAAUUAUUCAGUUCGUUCAUGUGACCCUGACUCAUCGUUCUGCGCCCGUUUGUUUUCUACCGAUUCAAUACGAGCCUGUAAAUUAUGUGCCAAAUACGUGUAUUAUUACUACUACUACUACUAUUAUUAUUAUUAUUAAUAUUAAUAUUAUUAUUUUUUAUUUGUUAUUAAUCAAUUGAUUAACAGCAUGUAAUAUGUAAUUAUUUUGUAUGCAUAUAAUUAGCAAAGUUGGGCAAGUUAGUCGUUGUUUUUUACUAAACAAAAUUAAGUCAAUCAUUAUAAAUCAUUAUAAUUAUAAAAUAUCAAUAAAAUUAGAUUUAAAGUUGUUAUAUUGUUAUCUUAUAUUUAAAAUAUUUUCAACAGUAGAUAAGUUUAUUGGAAAUUAGUAUUGAGAUCAGUGAAUAUAUACACUAAAUAAAGUAUAAUAUUAUGUAUAACUGGACAUAAACAUUUAAAAUGAAAAUUUGAAAAUAAGAAAAUUACCCAAAUCAUAUACCAUGCAAUUAUACAUUUGUCAAAAUAUGCAUAAUUUAUUUUAACGCAUUUAUUCAUAGUUAAAUCUAUAUUAUAGUACAAAGUGAAGUUAGAAAAUGACUUAGGAUAGUUAAUUUUAUAAUGAUUGAGUCGUAAAGUUACCGUAAAAAUAACUGUCUAAUUAGUAAGUACUAAGUGCUCAACUUUGAAUAUCGAGUGUAUACUUUACAUACGUCUAGUUGUAAUAAAUCGUCAUUGUUAUCAUUAAUAUUUCACCAUAUUGUUAUGUUGUUAUCGUUAUAGUGGACGUGGCACCGUAUAAUAAUAUCAUUAUUAAUGUAUGAAAAAUCGUUUCAUUGGAUAUUGUACCAAAAUAAAUAUAUAUAUGUAUGGUA